UCCAACAUACAAAGUUGCUCACUCGACUGAGUUUUCGUACGCCGAUCGUGCAGCAACACAUGAAAAUGAGUGCAAUCGGUUCGGAAGGGAUGGUUCUGUUUCUCUUCCUGUUUUCGUGUCACGUUGUUUGCGAGGUUAAACAGAAGGCACCGGGAUCUCUACACACACCUGACCCAGAGCCCGAGUUGCCUCAAAAUGUCAGACUUGGUGUGUUUAUGAUAAUUGAUCCGAGUAUCGGCAAUGCAACAAAAGAAGAAUACAUUAAUUACACAUCGUCUUUGCUCGGAGGGAUAAAUAUCAAGUUUAGGAGUAUCAAGAAUCACUCAAUUAAGCUUGGACUGAUCGGCUUACAUGUCAUGGAUGAGACAGAAGCCAACACAACUCUGCCCCUCAACAGCGACGGAACACAGUUAGAGUUGCACUUAGCAUGGAAGGCCAUAUUAAGCUUUAGAGCUAAUCAGACGCAAACAAAUAAAAGCGAUAUACUCUACGUUCUAACAGGAAGGAAAAUAUUCUCUACCACACAGUGGUCGAAAGUUCUAUCGGGAGCGGUUUCCACAAAAGGAGUGUGCACCGACGACAACAUUGCAAUCGGCAACGACGUUUUUGGAACCUAUUUAGGCAUGGACAUGUUCACGAAGAACAUGGGACGCAUGUUAGGUUUCUGGUCUCAUGAGUGUUACAAGAAUAUUUCCAGUGUUCUUGACGAGUGCCACAAGAGACAUCUAUUAUCCACGCUCAGGAGGGCCUGGCCGUAUUGUUACCAAUACAUAGGAAUGAUGCAUGUUUGGAUGUCAAGAGGUCAACUUCCUGGUGAAUAUUUUAACAAUACGGCGUACUGCCAAGCGAACCCAAACGGAACCACAUUGAAAGAAUGCGGUGUUGACCAAAAGAAAACUCAAGAGUGCAAGCUGUGUUGUGCUGAAAAAACCUCAACUUCACAAGCUCACUACUACGACGCGCCGCACGGAACCUUAUGCAACGAGAGUGAGUACGAAUCGGAAGAAAUGGGUUGCCUGGACAACAAUUGCACAGGACGUCUUUGGAAGAUGAAGGUAUAUGCGAACCCCGCGGACGACGAGAGGGUCAGGCAGGUUUUUUCUGUGGAUGCAACAACAACGCAAGGAGCCAAAGAUGCAUGAUGAUUACGGCGGAAGCAACGAAUAAUGCGCAAUAAAGUUGUGGAAUUCU